AUGGAACCGGAUAUAUAUAUAGGUAGGGCAAUUGGGAAUUCAGAUGUAAGGAUUUCUAUAGCAAGGGCAUUGCUUAGAGACCCAAAAAUCCUACUCCUAGAUGAAGCCACAAACUCACUGGAUUCACAUUCUGAAAAGGUUGUGCAGGAUGCUCUAAAUCAGGCUUCAACCGGACGAACUACAAUAAUCAUCGCCUACCACCUUUCUUCUCUGCGCAAUGCUGAUUUAAUUACAGUCAUUCAUUCCGGAGAAGUGGUAGAAUCAGGUUCUCAUGAGGAGCUCUUGCAAAACAUAAAUGGCCCAUACUCAACAAUGGUGCAACAACAGAAAACCUUAACUGAUGGUGAAGUUAUUGUCUCCCUUAACAAAGAAAUUGAAUGCAGAAAUGAUAACGAAUCGAUUCUCGAAAGUUCCGGCGAUAAUAAGGAAAGUAUCGAGAAGCCUGAAGAUCAUUAUGAUCCCCCAAAUUUAAAGCAGUUGAUGCUUAUGGCAGCACCUGAAUGGAGCUCAACCUUUUUAGGUUGCAUCGAUGUAAUUUUCUGUGGGUUAAUUCAGCCAUUGCACACUUUUUGCAUGGGUUCUCUUCUAUCUGUUUACUUUCUAAACGAUAAAAAUGAGAUUAAAUCAGAGACAAGAAAGUAUUGUUUCGCCUUCCUGUUCUUUGCUGCCUUGGCUUUCAUCACGAAUGUUAUUCAGCAUUACAAUUUUGGUCAUGUGGGGGAGAGCUUGACCAAAAGGGUGAGACAAGAAGUGCUUGGAAAGAUUUUAACAUUCGAGAUGGAGUGGUUUGACGAUAAAAACAACAAUAGCGGCGCCAUAUGUUCAAGAUUGGCUACUGAUGCUACCAUGGUAAGAACUCAGGCCAUUUCCUCAACUACUUUGGCAGCUGUUAGGGCAAAAAAAUGUACGAAAAAAGUAAUCAGACAAUAUGAUGAAUCAAAAUGUUAA